UUAGUUAGAGUGAAAGGCAGCUGUUGUGUUUGUGUGAUAAGGUGACACAACCGAGUCGAUCCCAAAUCCUUUUCAGACUCAGUUUACCAGCGAAAAGUUGCUAGGAAUGAAAUAUAACGGACUCGGAUGGGAGACAGGUUGACAGCAUCAACUAUGCUACAGAGGGCGGCGUAAUUCAUCCCGACUGCUUUUCACAUCAGUUUACCAGCGCGAAGUCACGAAGAAAUGAAACAUGGCGGACUCGGACGGGAGACGGGUUGACAGCAUCAACCAUGCUACAGAUGGAGAUGUAAUGUUGCAGGAAAUUUCACGGGUGAAGAAUGAGGGUAAGGAUUUGACCAAAGAAGAAAAGCAGCGUCUUAGGAAAGAGAAGAAGCAGCAUAAAAAGAAUAAAAAAGAUGACAAGGGUCCUCCAGAGAAGGAAAAGGAGAAGGAGAAAGCAUCAGUACCAGCUCCGUCAAAACCUGCCACACAGAGCCCAGCACAUAAAGCGGCACCUGCACCUGUAAAUGCGUCUACAUCUGAAUCUCCUGCGGCUGCAGAGAAGCCUGCCAAGAGCAAAGCGGAACUGCGAGCAGAGCGUCGGGCACGGCAAGACUCAGAACGAGCAUCAAAAAAGGGCCAGAAAGAAGGGGGGCAGCAAUCUGCCUCCAGCAAGCCUAAAGCUACCCCUAAUGAGCUUCAGCCAGUAGUGAAAAGGUUACCGGAGCACGUUCAAGUGGACGACCCCGCUGCAUUGAAGAAGUUGGCCAAAAAGCUUGAGAGGCAGCAGGUUCCUUUGAGGUCAGAUUAUGGAUACAAGGUCAGCCUGUUCUCACAUCUACACCAAUACAGCCGGAAAAACCCUCCCACCCAGAAAAUCAGCAUCCCUGCCACAGUUAUUCACCCAUCCAUUGUUCGGUUGGGCCUGCAGUACUCUCAGGGCAUUAUAGCAGGAUCCAAUGCUCGAUCUGUGGCCCUACUACAUGCCUUUAAACAGGUUAUUCAAGACUAUAGCACACCUCCAAAUGAGGAGUUGUCAAGGGACCUUGUGAACAAGCUGUCACCCUAUAUCAGUUUUCUCAGCCAGUGUCGACCGCUUUCGGCCAGCAUGGGCAAUGCCAUCAAAUACAUCAAGAAGGAAAUCUCAAAUAUACCCAGUCAAUGUAAAGAAGAAGAGGCCAAAGGGAAACUGCAGGCAUGCAUUGAUAGUUACAUAAAUGAGAAAAUCAUUUUGGCUUCUGAAGCCAUUUCGAAGUAUGCUAUUGAGAAGAUAAGUAACGGAGAUGUUAUUCUUGUUUAUGGCUGCUCUUCACUUGUCAACCACAUUCUGUGCGAAGCUUUUGAAAAGCAGAGGAAGUUCAGAGUCAUAGUUGUGGACAGUCGGCCCAGACUGGAAGGCAGAGAGGCACUGAGGCGCCUGGUGAAGAAAGGCAUCCGAUGUACUUACGUGCUCAUAUCUGCCUUGUCCUACAUUCUGCCUGAAGUAUCCAAAGUAUUUCUUGGUGCCCAUGCACUCCUUGCUAAUGGAUAUGUGAUGUCACGUGUGGGAACUUCCCAGAUUGCCCUGGUAGCAAAAGCCUACAAUGUACCAGUGCUGGUCUGCUGUGAGACCUACAAGUUCUGUGAACGAGUGCAGACUGACUCUUUUGUAUCCAAUGAAUUAGAUGACCCGGAUGACCUGAUUGUGACCAGAAAUGGGAAGACCCACCUAGAGAACUGGCAGACUGUUAAAUCUCUGGGGCUUCUGAACUUGGUGUAUGACGUGACGCCACCAGACUUUGUGGACCUUGUGAUCACUGACUUGGGCAUGAUUCCCUGCACCUCUGUGCCUGUGGUACUGCGAGUCAAGAACGUAGAUCAGUGAAGAGCAGACGAACACGGUUCUGCUUCCCUCUUGCAUCUGCACAUAAAAGAGUCUGUGCACACGGGGCUUCUGGCACCCAAUAAACAUAUCUAUGAAAAGCUUUUCAAAUAAAGCCACAGUUUUUGUC